AUGGUCCCUAUAUCGAAAGUCUUCUCGACAAAAGGUUCCAAGAAAGUAUGUCCUGUUAAGAUGAACGACGAUACAAAAAAGGGGUACUUGAAUGCUUCCGUUGGAAGGAGAGUGUACCAGUGUGGAAGGAACUUACCCUUGAAGGGGGAGAUUAUUAGAAUUCCAAGUGGUGUCUUCUCNGGAANAUGUGNAACNNCACUAGAUCAUGGUGUUGUGGUUGUUGGGUAUGGUACAGAAAACGGUCAUGAUUAUUGGAUUGUGAGGAAUUCAUGGGGUGCUGAUUGGGGAGAGGAAGGAUACAUCAGAAUGGAAAGAAAUCUGGGUAACAGGAUAUCAGGAAAGUGUGGAAUUGCGAUCUAG